CUCACGGGGGUCGGCAAGCGCGUCAGUCAAUUGCCGGCAUAACCGACGGGUAGACGCGUCGCCAUUUUGCGAAUUUACCCGCCAAAACUUUGCGGAACGACGACAUUCCGUUGGACAUUUUUGAAAAAAGAAUUUGUGGAAACUGGUGUUUUAAACGUGGAGAUUUAAGUUUAAAUAAUAAAAAGAAACUUUCGAAUUUGGAAUACACGCUCUGUAUGAUUACAGCAAAAAGGUGUAAUAUUGAGUGCUUGUGUAGUAAAAAAUAUUGGAAAAUAAUAAAAAUUAUUGAUUGAGAAUUUAUCCUAAAUAUUUUCUCAACAUAAACGUAAAGUUUAGUACAAUUUAAUAGAUUAUAGCAAAACAUUAAUCUGUAUACUUCUUAGCAUAAUGUAAUAAACAUAAACACGGUAUACAUUAAAUAUUCCGUUCGGAAACAAUUUCAAAUAAUAGACACAAAACCAAAAAUAAUGCGUAACGAUAAUGAUGUGUUAGCGUGCGCGGUAGUUCCACUGAAAUGAACAGACUGGACAAUACUUCGAAACGAGACAAAGACGACGAUGACAACGAAAAAGGGAACUGUACGAAGCAAAACAAAAUACUUGAAUUGGACCUGGACUACCUGGAACGCGGAGGUGGUGGGACUCUGACAGUGGGCGGGGCUCCCAGCGUGGAGCCAAGUCCGGACAGCCUGGACCUCGUCAAAGUGGUGCUACUGGGAGCCCCAGCUGUGGGCAAGACCAGUAUUAUACAGCAAUUCGUCUGGAGCGACUUUUCAGAAGAAUACGUGCCCACCGACCGCAAACACACGUUCUACCCGUCGGUGAUCAUCAACGAACAUUUGUACGAAGUGAAGAUCACUGACGUGCCAGUAAUACCUUAUUUCCCAAUAAACUCUUACUACGAGUGGGCGCAUUACAGAUUCUACGGGCUCAGAAAUGCUACAGCAUACAUCUUAGUAUUCGAUUUAUCUAACGUAGAAACAUUCCAAUACAUCAGGACUCUAAGAGAUCAGAUGGUAGAAAGUCGUGACAUGAGAAACGUACCAGUAUUAGUGGUUGGUAAUAAGCAAGAUUUGCUCUGCAGUAACACACCUUCAGCUGCAAGCGGAUUACAACAGCUAGCGAUCGCUGAAAGCGCUUGUGGUGACUCUCGUGAGAAACGAAGGAAUAUCGUAAACCUUGUGAGAAAGCACUGGAAAUGCGGCUACGUCGAAUGUUCAGCCAAGUAUAACUGGAGAGUUAUAGCAGUGUUCAAGGAAUUGAUGGAGAUGAUAGAUGCUCUCGAGUGGAGUGGAGGGGGCAGGAGCGCGGAGCCGCCUCCAGACUCCUCGACGGGAGCCGGAGGCGGCUCGCAUGAGACGCGUUGUGUAAUUGCUUAGCACUGCUGACUCAGUAGAUUUCUUUGUCUUUUUGAAAAUAUCAAAGAGACGAUGUCCAAAUUAUGGGCAGAUUUGGUUCAUUGGUUCUAUAAAUUUAAUCGCAGAAAAGAAUCCGAUGGAAUUGAGCAAUAUUUGGACUCUAAAAUAAUUGAGGAUUUUGAACAUAUAAGCGAUAAUUCUGGACGCUCUAGUAUGAAUUUAAGUGAUAGCGACUGAAAAAUUAAAAGACCUUAUCAUGCACUUCAGUGUUUAGCGUCAUGAUAACUACAAAGAAGAACUGACUUAAAUUAAAAGUGUGUUUUUAAAAUGUACCCUUUAAAAAUAGCUAAGUCUUUACCAUGUUUGAAAUAAAGGCGGUUAUACACAGUGAUAAAAUGCAAGUAUACUGCAAAUCAUGUAUAAACCUCUAAUGACCUUGCUUUGAUGUUAUAUAUUUUAUUUUUACAUCUACUGCCAUACAUCUGUAAAGUGACACAGUAGGAUGACGAUGCGUAACACGCUGAAACAGACUUAAUCUAGUUAACUUGAGUAUCGGUGUACGCAUAAUGUAUAAGGCAAAAGGAAAGUGAAUUGCUUGUUCAUGCUUCGGUCGCCUAGUAAGUAGUAGGUACAUUCAGCCACAAAAUUGCAGAAGAAAUUAUUUUAUUCCUUAUGAACAAUCAUUUUACCCCCUUAUUCAUGGAAGUUAUUUAUCUAAGGACGGAGUAUUGCUGUGAUAACAAGUCUGUUUCUUCGUGCUGACGGCAUUGCCUUCUUGUCUUUAGAUAAAUAACGUCUAUGAAUAAGGGGGUUAGUCUUUACCAAAAUAAUCUUUAUUUUAGAUAAUUCGAUUGAAGGUAAUAUGCAGAAUCGAUUUGAAGUUUUGAAUUUAUUUAGCUAUUUUUGUGGCUAACUGUACAUGAUAAUGUAGGGUAUUUGUGUACUCUUGCAAUUAAACUGUGUGUAAGCGACUUACUAGCGUAAAAUGUAGGUGUUUCAAGAGGUUGUAGUUUUCGUAUCAUAAUUAAGAAUAAAUUGACCUUAUUGUUGUUAUGUUAAAUAUUUAAGGAGUAAAUAACUAUAGGACUGUUCUAGUAUAUUUUAUCACCAAACGCCAAAAUUACUCACUUUAUUGUUAUAGUCUAGACUCACGACACAUUUCAGCAUUUGAUUGUCAAAAACAAACCAGUUAAAGUUUUGUUAUUCCGCUACUAACGUCAUUGCUUUAAUGACCUUUUGCAUUUGUUAUUGAGAUGUCCCACUUCUCAAAGGUUUAUUGUCAAAUAAUAAAAUGUAAUUCCGAGUACAUAGUCCAAAUAUUGAUUUAAAUUUUAUCCAUUGUUGAAUUCCCCUAUAAAUUUUCUACAUUUGGAAUUCUUCCAGGGUAAUUUUACACUUUUCUAUUCUCUUAAAUUAGAUUUGUAAAUAAUGUGUGUUUGCGUGUUGAAAUGAUGACCUCUACUUAAUGUCAAAGAAAAAUAAAACUUAUUCCAAUUUACACAGAAAUCAAUAAUGAGUAAAUCAAUAGAAAGUUUUAUAAUCCAAGUUCAUUCAAUUUUAGCUAACAACAUAUGGACGGUUGAGACGCUAAUUGGCUAAGCGACAUUUGUUUUCGAAAAAAAUUUACUUGGUUAAAAAAAUAUAGAAAAAAGUGCUGAUUUUAAUAAGUCAAUUAGCCUUUCAACCGACGAUAUAUUAAUUAAGACUUACAAUUAGUGAACCGGUAAUAUAGAAAUUUCUGGUAAUUAAGAUGUAAAUAUGUUUUUUAAGUAGUAAAGCUAAGAUAGACCGUAGAUCCUUGUAUACGCUUACCUCUGGUAUUUAGAUCUCCGAGGAUUUUCCUCAUGCUAUGAGCUUCUUCGAUUAGCGGUGUUGUGAUACCCACUCUGUGUUGUGCUUUUCUGACCUGUGUGCUUCCUCCAAUGUUGUUUCUAGUAUUUAGAUGUAACCCUAUCCAAAUUGUUCGUAAUGAUGGAUGAAAAAUGUUCUCAUUAUAGUGUUAAGAAAUCUGGUGAUAUCUAGUUCACCUUGUCAUUUACCUGGUGGAGAGAAGUUAUCUGUUCCUUGUAUUUUUUUAAUGAUUGCUUGACAAUCAUUUUUUACCUCGUGGUACCAUUUAAAUGAAUCUCUUCGCGUGGAUUUAUUAUAGCUUGCAAAUAAUCCCGUUUUAGUAUCAUUGGUAUAAGACUUUAGAUUUCGAAUUUACAGGGACGAACUCCUCAAAAUCGAAGAGAAUUUUAUGAUUAUGUACUUUUUAUUUAUGAAGAAAACCUAAGUCGCCGCAGUCGAAAACGGUAUGGGAGACAUCUUUAUUAUAAUGUAUUAUACUAUGUUGACUUAUUGUAAGAAAUUAAAGACUAUUUUAAUUCUGAAAAUUGAGAUGCCUUCCAUAAAACUAAGAAUCUUUAAAAAAACAUAAUUUCCAAUAUCCGAGACAGUAAGUGAGAGAUCUAAUUUGAACGAUCGUGUCUUUGGCAUGCCAGGUUUAUUUUUAAUCUGCAGCACGGAUUACUGGCAUAAAUUAACUAUAAUUUAUUAUGAUUUUGAAUGACCCUUCAUUAUGAACAAUUUGCAUGUUAUUGUUGUCUUAAUUGUUAAACUUUGUUGCAAUAAUGUGAAACACCUUGUAGGAUAAUGAACUUUGUAUAAAUGUAAAUAAUGUGAUGUUUGAAUUGUCUCCAAUACAAAUAGUGCUGUUUAUUGGAAUUGUUUUUGAUUGGAAAUGUAAUAUUAAGCAAUAACAAUGUCUUAUUACCUUUUAUUGUCAUAUCUUUAGAGUUACACCACUUUCUAUUUAUGCUAUAAAUGUUCAAAUGUAGUGAAAAUAAUUUUAUUGUAAUUAUCGACUUCUUAUUUUAACAUCAUUAUGUUUUUUUUUAUUAAAAUAACUUUCGUAAUUACCACAAAAUUAUUAAAUUAUACAUCGGUAUUUAAGUCAUUGGAAGGACAUUGGUUUAAUAUAUAUGAAAGCUUAAUACAUAAAAUACCUAAUGGUCCAUUAUUUUCUAUUAUCACACAUACAGAAUUAUUAAAAUUACAUUUGUAUUUACUGAAUAUAAAAACUGGACAAAUUAAAUGACGCAGUACAUCCUUAAUACUGUGGAUUCGCAUUUGAUCUGUCUUACUCUUCAGAAAAAAAAAUCUAAUUUUCCCAAACAUAGAACAAUACACAUUUCUAAUCAUCUGUUUCAGCCAAAACAUCCAAUACAUCAUUACAUUUCUGCUUUAUUUACAUGAUCGACAGCAUCCCUAACAAUUUAACCCCAUUUUUCGCUAAGCAAUUCAUUUCAGGGUUCGUCUUGGAGCCCGUAUCUAUCCUUUGAUUAUCGAUACGUGAAAUUGCAUUUGUAUUAGAAUAUAAAUAAGAAUGGGGUUCCCAGUUGAUUUAUUUAUAGAAUUUUUCUGUUGGAUUAUUGUUUCGUAGAACGUCUUUGUUGCGCGAAGUUAUUUUAUACUUGAGUUAAAACCAGUUCUAAGAUUAUGUAGACCGGACAUUCGAAAGAUUGUCAUACAAAAAUUUUGCGCUCAUGCGACGGUUACUCAUUCUACCGUCUAAUAUCAAAACACCAAUGUAAAAUACUUCAUGUUUAGUCUAUGGUGAUUUGCACGUUUUUAAUGCGCUUAUAAGCAUAUUUUCUGUAAAUGUGCUAUUUUCGUAUUAAUAAGAACGCUGUGAAAUCUUGUCACAUAUUUCAAAUAAGACGACUUAUUACCAAUUGGUAACUUUUAGAGCAUAUUUUGGUACUAAUGUCCAGUCUAUAAGUCAGUUUACUGUUUAAUGUCUUUAGUUAAAACGUAGGAAUGACUAAUUUAUUAUUGUAUUUACGGUUAAUCCUCCGUUUUCUAGAACACCAAAUUGUAAAUCGAGUGUUGACGUGUCUAGAUUUUGAUAUACAAAAUUGUGGCCAAAUGUUUGCAUUUCGUGGUUGAAACCUAGUUAACUUACGAUUAUACAAAUGUUACACGGUGCAAUAAAAAGUUGUGACGAAUA